GUGUGUGUGUGUGUGUGUGUGUGUGUGUGUGUGUGUGUGUGUGUGAGAGAGUGUGUGAGUGCACGGUAAAUAGGCGCUCUUGCUGUGAUGGGGGGAUGGGACGGGGCCACUCGCAGCUCUCGUGCUCCACUAACUGAACACUCUCAGUAAUCUAUCUUUUCCUCUCUAUUUCGAUGCUUAUUUAAAAGAAAUUAGUCUUUUCCGUUGCCGCAUGUGUUACGUGGCAUUCGAAGAAAAAAAUAAUUGGCGUACGAUUGAAUUUUGGUGCACAAAACGAUCAAAAUGUAUCCCAUUGGAGCAGCUGGUGCUGCUGAGCAGUGUCCGGGACGUCAGUCUUCAGGGUCAGAUGUUUCUGCUCCAGUGUCUCCUCCAGCACAAGAGUAUGUCUUCAAACCUCCCCAACGGCCAGACUUUGGCACAAUGGGAAGGACAAUCAAGCUUCAGGCCAACUUCUUCGAAAUGGAGAUACCCAAGUUGGAGGUGUACCAUUAUGACAUAGACAUCAAGCCUGAGAAAUGCCCACGGAGAGUUAACCGCGAAAUUGUUGAGCACAUGGUCCAGCACUUUAAAACGCAGAUCUUUGGAGAUCGAAAGCCUGUGUAUGAUGGGAGGAAGAAUCUCUACACUGCCAUGCCUUUACCCAUUGGAAGGGACAAAGUGGAGCUGGAGGUCACAAUUCCAGGGGAGGGAAAGGACAGGAGCUUUAAAGUAGCUAUAAAGUGGAUGUCCUGUGUGAGUCUGCAAGCUCUACAUGAAGCACUGACAGGACGACUACCAAACAUCCCCUUUGAGACCAUUCAGGCUCUGGAUGUUGUAAUGAGACAUUUGCCCUCUAUGAGGUACACCCCAGUUGGACGUUCAUUCUUCACUCCCUCUGAAGGCUGCUCUAACCCCCUUGGUGGAGGUAGAGAAGUCUGGUUUGGCUUCCACCAGUCUGUUCGACCGUCCCUCUGGAAAAUGAUGCUCAACAUUGAUGUGUCUGCCACUGCAUUCUACAAAGCUCAACCUGUGAUUGAGUUCAUGUGUGAGGUUUUGGAUUUUAAAAGCAUUGAAGAGCAACAGAAGCCCUUAACAGACUCCCAGAGAGUGAAGUUUACAAAGGAGAUAAAAGGUCUGAAGGUGGAGAUCACUCACUGUGGACAGAUGAAGAGGAAAUACAGGGUGUGUAAUGUGACUAGGAGGCCAGCCAGCCAUCAAACGUUUCCCUUGCAGCAAGAGAAUGGUCAGACCAUUGAAUGCACUGUUGCACAGUACUUCAAGGAUAAGUACAAACUGGUGCUGCGAUAUCCACAUCUCCCAUGUUUACAAGUUGGUCAGGAACAGAAACACACUUACCUUCCCCUGGAGGUCUGUAACAUAGUAGCCGGGCAGAGAUGCAUCAAAAAACUGACAGACAAUCAGACCUCCACUAUGAUACGUGCCACAGCCAGGUCUGCGCCUGACCGUCAGGAUGAGAUCAGCAAACUGAUGAGAAGUGCCAACUUCAACAAUGAUCCUUAUGUGCGCGAGUUUGGAGUCAUGGUGAGAGACGAGAUGACUGAGGUCAAUGGUCGGGUCCUGCAGGCACCUUCAAUUCUUUAUGGAGGAAGGAACAAAGCAAUUGCAACCCCAGUUCAGGGUGUGUGGGACAUGAGGAACAAGCAGUUCCACACAGGCAUUGAGAUAAAAGUGUGGGCUAUUGCCUGCUUUGCCCCACAGAGGCAGUGCACGGAACUCCUUUUGAAAGCAUUCACUGACCAGCUCCGAAAGAUCUCGCGUGAUGCCGGGAUGCCCAUUCAGGGCCAGCCGUGCUUUUGCAAAUAUGCCCAGGGGGCAGACAGUGUGGAGCCUAUGUUCAAACACCUCAAGUACACAUACCAAGGCUUACAGUUGGUGGUGGUCAUCCUACCUGGGAAGACCCCUGUUUACGCUGAGGUAAAGCGUGUUGGAGACACUGUUCUUGGCAUGGCCACACAGUGUGUCCAGGUAAAGAAUGUACAGAAGACCACACCUCAGACCCUUUCCAACCUCUGCCUCAAGAUUAAUGUCAAACUGGGUGGAGUCAACAAUAUUCUUCUUCCACAGGGCAGGCCCUUGGUGUUUCAGCAGCCAGUCAUAUUUCUGGGUGCAGAUGUGACUCACCCCCCAGCUGGAGAUGGCAAGAAACCCUCUAUUGCUGCUGUGGUUGGCAGUAUGGAUGCCCACCCAAGCCGGUACUGUGCCACAGUGCGGGUGCAGCAGCACCGUCAGGACAUCAUUCAGGAUCUGGCCACCAUGGUGAGAGAGCUGCUUAUCCAGUUCUACAAAUCCACACGCUUCAAACCCACGCGCAUUAUCUAUUACAGAGACGGCAUCUCGGAGGGGCAGUUCAACCAAGUUCUGCAACAUGAGCUGCUGGCCAUCCGUGAAGCCUGUAUCAAGCUGGAGAAAGAUUACCAGCCAGGCAUCACCUUUGUAGUAGUCCAAAAGAGACAUCACACCAGGCUCUUUUGCAUGGACAGGAAUGAAAGGGUUGGAAAGAGUGGCAACAUUCCUGCUGGCACCACAGUUGACACCAAAAUUACCCAUCCAUCUGAGUUUGACUUCUAUCUCUGUAGUCAUGCCGGAAUUCAGGGAACCAGCAGGCCCUCCCACUAUCACGUGUUGUGGGACGACAACCAUUUCACCUCUGAUGAGCUGCAAGUCCUAACCUACCAGCUGUGCCACACCUACGUGCGCUGCACCCGCUCUGUCUCCAUUCCUGCACCAGCCUAUUACGCCCACCUGGUGGCAUUCCGUGCACGCUACCACUUGGUUGACAAAGAACACGACAGUGCUGAGGGAAGCCACACAUCUGGUCAGAGUAAUGGCAGAGACCAACAGGCCCUGGCCAAAGCUGUGCAGAUCCACCAGGAUACACUGCGUACCAUGUACUUCGCCUGAACAUAACCAGAAAUAAGCCCUUCAUCCUCAAAACAGCACGGAUACAAUGAGAUGUACCUGGUUGUCCUGCUGCCUUGUCCUGCUGUUUGUCUGGCACCCUGUGGGCAGUGUAGUGUUGGAACCUGAGCUGAUGGACUCGGACUGGGGCUCUGGUUUACACGAGCUCCUACACAGCUUUCCUGCAGAUAGUCCUUUUGUCACAGAGACGCUUGACAGGCCAGCCAACUGCACACAACGCUUUUGGCUGCCUCCAUCCUCCCCUGUGUGCUGGGAUGAUAUAGCAGGCCCAGAGGAGUUUGAGAAGUCACGCCUUCUUGUGCUGCAAAACAGGGCAGCGCUGCAGGCUGUGUCCAGAACUAGUGGUUUUGAGGAAGGGGGAGCUUCCUAUGAUCAACAAGCUAGGGAGGAUAUGCAGGGUGUCCGGGCCGAUCAUCUCAUCGUGACCCAGACUGCUGAUACAAUGCAGAAGGUAUUCAUGGACUUGGAUGAUAAGAGGAAGGAUGGAAAAGAACAAUAUACCUUCUCUAGUCUUAAGGAGCGACUUGAAAACACAAAAGACUCCAUUGCUAACAGGGAACAGGUAGCAGCACUUCUGGAGAAACAUCUUGCCGAACUUGAGAAUUCCUUGCACAAUAUGCAACUUCGACUGGCAGAACUAGCACACCAGUGAUUCAGACUGAACCAGAGAGCCACAUGUUGCACCCAUGUGGACAAUAAAACAAUGCAUGAAAUAUAAUUUUUCUGUCACUUGAAGAAACACUUGAAUGAUGGUAUACUGCAUGCUUACAGCACCCUGUCCUAAUCUAUAUUGGUACAUGUUUACAGCAUUUCAGACUCUCUAUUAUGGAAAUUAGUUAAGUAUUAGGUUCUAAUAUUAGGUAAUAAAAUCUGUUUUUAUAUGA